AGAAAGCAACUUUGAGGGAGGGACAGAGAGGGAGGGGAGGUUUGUCAUCUCAUGCCUAUCUCUCUUUCUCUCUCUUAAUCAAUUGGAGCUCUGAUUUUGAUCCAUUUUUCUUUUUUCUUUUUGCCUUUCUUUAUGGCUUCUUCCACCUCUUUUGCAGCUUCAUCUUCAUAACAACUCUUCUCUGUCCUUUAUCAGCUUUUUGGGAUAAUAUAGUAAGAAGAAGAAGGAGAGGAAAGUCAGGAAUUUGUCAUGGAUGGUUCUGUAAAGGUUUCCAAAGAGCUGAAACAUGAAACUCAGGCAUCCAAAAAAAGAAGGGUGGUUCAGAAGACUGUGGUUACAGUGAGGAUUGAAGCAAAUGUUGGAAAACAGAAGAAUGAAGGGCCGCCAUCGGAUUUUUGGUCUUGGAGGAAAUAUGGGCAAAAGCCUAUAAAAGGAUCUCCUUAUCCAAGGGGCUAUUAUAGGUGCAGCACAUCAAAGGGGUGCUCAGCUAAAAAGCAAGUGGAGAGAUGCAGAACAGAUGCUUCAAUGCUUAUCAUUACUUACACUUCUAGUCAUAACCACCCAGGCCCUGAUCUCUCAACCACUCCCAACAGCCUAAACCAACCAAAAGACCCCCAAACACAGCCCAUUGAAGAAACCCCCACAACCCCAAAAGAAGAUCAUCAACCACAACAACCCAUCACCAUGGCCAGUGAUGAAGAUGCAAGUGAAGAUCAUUUCCACUACUUCCAAUCCACAAUCAGCCAUGAAGAAGACCCAUUUAAAGUGAACCUAGAGAAAACCCAUGAUUCAUUAGGUGUCGUAUUUGAUGAGCAGCCCCUUGCUUAUCCACAUCUCAUGACCUUCUCAACACCCAAAUCAGAAGAAAAUGACUUCUUUGAUGAGCUUGAAGAACUACCCACAUCUUCAUCUUUCACAAGCUUCAUGAGGAGCGGCUUCAACUUCUUUGAUGACAGGAUUCUUGUGCUCCCUUCUUGAUCCAAGUACCCUUUUUUUGGGACCUUGCAGCCUUGGAAAAAAUGUACUCAAUAUGUGCAUAUAUGUUAUACCCACUACUAGUAAUCCUUCUAUUUAGCAUCUUUUUAGUUUCUUU